CCCAUCCAGAGGGUGAAAAGCAUUCUCUGCCGUUUGUCAAUCCCAGGAAAGCUCUUUCGUUUCUACUCACCACCUCCAGCAAGAAGAAUGGUGUCAAGGAACACCAGCGGAGGGCUUCUGAGCUUGGAUCCAACCGCCGCAGCCUGGGAGACAGCAUUCACAUCCAUCAAUCACACUGGCCAGGCCCAUCCUCAAACUUUCAACGCGGUGACCGUGACCCUGUACCUGCUGACGGCCGUCAUCGCCCUGGGGGGACUGGCAGGAAACGCGGUGGUGCUCUGGGUCCUGGGCUUCCACUCGCGCCGAAACGCCUUCACCGUCUACAUCCUCAACCUGGCGGCAGCCGACUUCUUGUGCCUCUGCUGCCAAGUUAUCGAUUCCGUGGAGGCCCUCAUCACCUGCUGCAGUCACAGUUCCAGCCCGGCCUUUCUCGCCACGGUGAUGACCUUCGCCUACCUGGCGGGCCUGAGCUUGCUCAGCGCCAUCAGCACCGAGCGCUGCAUGUCCGUCCGGUGCCCCGUCUGGUACCGCUGCCACCGCCCCACACACUUAUCAGCCAUCGUGUGUGCGGUGCUCUGGGCCCUGGCCCUGCUGCUGAGCACCCUGGAAGGGAAGUACUGUGGCUUACUCUUAACGAGUUUCAGCCAUCUUUGGUGUCGGGUGUUCGAUUUCAUCACUGCCGGGUGGCUGAUCUUCUUAUGUGGGCUCCUGGCGGGGUCCACCCUGGCCCUGCUGCUCAGGAUCCUCCGAAAGUCCCAGCGCAUGCAGCUGACCAGGCUCUAUGUGACCGUCGUGCUCACAGUGCUGGCCUUCCUGCUCUGCGGCCUGCCCUACGGCAUCCUCUGGUUCCUCUUAAUCUGGAUUCAGGAUGAUCUGUUUGCCAGCCCCUGUCACCACUGCCUGGUUGUCUUUGGCUUGUCCUGCGUCAACAGCUCCGUCAACCCCAUCAUUUACUUCUUCGUGGGCUCCUUCAGGCAAAGGCAGGCAAAGAAGCGAGGGCGAGGGCGAGGGCGGCGGACCCUCAAGGCAGUGCUCCAGCAGGCCUUGGAAGACAUAUCAGAACUGGGUGAAAGCGAAAGCUCCUUUCCUCGGGCAACCCUGGGGUCGGGAAGCAGUCUGGUGUUGGGAAGCGGUCUGGUGUCCUGA